AUGUCAGACAAGAAGGAGAAUACAGAAGUUGAGCCAGCUUAGACUGAGGCAGUUCCUGUUAAUAAAAAUAAAAAGUACAGAAAGGACAAGCCUUGGGAUAAUGAUCCUAAUCUUGACAAAUGGAAGAUUGAACCUUUUAACCCUGAAGAUAAUCCUCAUGGAGUCUUAGAAGAAUCAUCAUUUGCUGUAUUAUUCCCAUAAUAUAGAGAAAAGUAUAUUAAGGAAGUAUGGCCACUAGUCAAAAAAGCCUUAUCAAAGUUUAAAAUUGUUGGAGAAUUAGACUUAAUUGAAGGCUCAAUGUCCGUGAAAACUACAAGAUAGACUUGGGAUCCCUACAGUAUUAUCAAAGCUAGGGAUAUGAUUAAACUUUUAGCCAGAAGUGUACCUUAUUAACAAGCAGUAAAGAUUUUAGAAGAUGAUAAUAUGUUCUGUGAUAUCAUAAAGAUUGGUGGGAUGGUGAGAAACAAAGAAAAGUUUGUCAAGAGAAGAUAGAGGCUCAUUGGUCCCAAUGGUAUGACUCUUAAAGCUUUGGAAUUAUUGACUAAUUGCUACAUCCUCGUUCAAGGAAAUACUGUAUCAGCUAUGGGAUAUUUCAGAGAGCUCAAAUCAGUUAGAAGAAUUGUAAUUGAUACAAUGAGAAAUGUUCAUCCAAUUUAUAACAUCAAAGAAUUGAUGAUUAAGAGAGAGCUUGCAAAGAAUCCUGAGAUGGCAGGAGAGAACUGGGACAGAUUCUUGCCUCAUUUUAAGAAGUAAAAUGUAAAGAGAAAGUAGAAAAAAGUAGAUAAGAAGAAGAAAGACUAUACACCAUUCCCUCCUGAAUAAACUUUAAGAAAGGAGGAUUAACAAAUGUUGUCAGGAGAAUAUUUCUUAUCAGAAAAAGCUAAGUAAAACGUUGAGAAUGAAAAGAAAAGGGUUGUUAAAGAGUAAAAAAAGCAAGAUAAAAUACAGCAAAAACUUAAGUAGUUUGAGGCACCAGAUGAAGACAAGGAAAAAGAAUAAAAUAAAGCAAAGAAAACAAAAAGCAAUAAGGAGUAAAAAGAGGAUAGUAAGCCCAUUCUAAAUAGCAAAAAGCCAGAUAUUGAUGAACUAAAGAAUAAAUUCUUGAAAAACAAGAAGAAAUGA